CAAAUAAUUUGAGGAUGAGAUGACCACAGCAACAUCUACUCGAAAUGGCAUCCUCCUAACCUCACAAAUAACAUGGAACACCUGGGAACCCGGUGGAGAGUACACAAAGGUGAUCAAAAUAAAAAAUGUGGACACCAAGACUCAUAAAAUAAAAUACAAGACUCCGAAGAACAAAUGCUUUUCAACCAAGUACCCACAAACGAUAACAUUAUGCUCGGGAAACACAGCAAAGAUUCCUAUAACGUUCAAGCCAUUGGAAAAGGAGUUAUACAGCGACCAAGUAGAAUUCUGUACAAGAACAGAUAAAUUUACGGUAAAUGUCCAGGCGGUUUUACCGAGAUACUCUAUCGAUCUUCCUCACUCGUUGGGAUUUGAGACUUGUGGUAUUCAAACAACUGCCAUUAAAACCUUCACUCUUGUCAAUAAGAGUAUUGAAACUUAUUUCAAAUGGAGUGUGGCUGCCCCCUUUUCUAUUGAGCCAGCUUUGGGUUUACUUCCCGAAAGAGGACACUGUGAUGUUACUGUCAAGUUUACUCCAAGCGAGGCCCAUGUUUAUGACUCAAAAGCAGUUGUUUCCUUCGGUAAUGAUCAACACAAGGACUUCUUUAUCAGUGGUGUAGGAAAACAUCCGUAUAUAAUGGUCGGUGACGGUAAGAUUGAGGAAGAGUCUGUGCAUCAGCUCCUCAAUUUUGGGGACGUGCCAAUCGGUACAUCAACCAGUAAGGUAUUCCAUGUUAAGAAUAUGUCAUCGGUAAAUGCCAACGUCUCAAUUUCUCACCAAAUCAGUGGAACAGUAGCGAUGGAUAAGGUUUUUGUUUGUAAAAGACGGCAGCACAUGAUAAAACCAUACUCCUCUAUCAGCGUGAAGAUAGAUUUCUUGCCCACGAUUGAAAAGAUGGCAUACACAGACUACUUCUACAUCAGUCCAGCCGGAUUCCCCUCGCAGUGCGUCGUGAAGUGUGUCGGCCGAAGUACAGCUCCUGAUAUAAAACUGAGCACUAGCAUUCUGUCGUUUAAGUACGCUGAAUUGAACACAGAACACAAACAAUACCUCACCAUAUCCAACCAGUCAAAUGUGAAGACUUCCUACCAAAUAGUGCUGGAUUCAACAGAGAGCGUUUUCAAAGUUGACAAAAAUUGCGGAACCCUCGAUGGAAAAGAAGAGCGUACAAUUGUUGUGAAAUUCGUCCCGCUACAAGCUAUUCCAUACUACAAAAGGAUCCCUAUCCUACUACACCGACAAGAACCGAUAUUCUUAGAUUUACUCGGAUCAGGAUACACAAAUGAGAUACGACCAGCCAGGCUGAUAGAGCAUGACCUGGAAAACUUCGUCGAGAAAGUUCGAACUGGAUUGUCAAUGUAUCCCCCAGAAGUUCAGGCUGGAAUACUGGCCGAUGAUAAAACUAUUCUCAGUCCUGGUGUACCGUUUCAAGACCAACCUCCCAGUUCCCAAUAUUUUACUGAUGUUCAGAUGAUGACAGAGAGCACCACAAUGCACGUGACUGCAGAUAUCGAGACCAUCGACUUCGCUAAAUGUAGAGCUUUCCAGAAAGUCCAUCAUAAGACAGUCACUGUCACUAAUCACACCAAGGGAAGAGUAACAGCUAUCUGGAAUGAUAACCCCGACAGCGUAUUCACAGUUCUCCCAACAGAGUGUGAUAUUCAACCCUACAAGAGUGCCUCUUUCAGAGUUAACUUCCACCCUCAGAAACCUAAUCAGUUUUAUGGGGCUGAUCUUGAGUGUACUACUUUCUAUAAGUCGAUGAGGGAUGCACAACUUGUAAACGAUGAUACGAUGUGUGCCUCCUGGUCCCAGUCAGUCUACUGUACUGGUGAAACAUUUGAGCCGGGUCAUGAGCCGUUCUUACCAAGGUACGAGACUGACACCUCGGCUAUACUCUUCCCUCCGGCUCUUCCUGAUCAGCCUGUCUACAGGACUCUUCUUCUAAGGAACCAAGGCGAUACUCCCAUGUCUUUCGUCUUUGAGGAUGAUCCAAUGGGAAUUUUCAGUGUAAAACCUAUGACGGGUGUAAUUUAUAACGAGGUAUGUAUAGUGAUGGUGAGAUUCUUGGCUAACCAGAGUAGAUCAUACCAACACAACCUGGCCUGUACUCUGAACACUAAACACAAGAUAGUCUUCCCUUGUGUAGCAGCGGUAGAGCUUCCAACUGCCUGGCUUGAAAACGAGGGUGCGAUGGUGUUCAAGCCGUCGUGUGUAGGAAGUGUGACAGAACAUUGCUACGGAGUACGCAACACAUCCAGACUUCCUCUACAUUUCGAGUGGAAGUUGCACAACCAAGAUAACAACCUCACUGUGUCACCUUUAGCUGGUGUUAUCCUUCCAAACGAUACUCAAUAUCAGAGUUGGAAGUUUUCACCGAAAGAUGAGUCAGUACUAAAAGCAAUGAACGUUUUGUCAAUAUUCCACGUCAAGAAUAACAGGAGAAAACUAACCGUGUCUUCCAUGGGACAGGCGACUAAAGCUUCUCUUGAGUGCUUGCCGAAGAAGGUUAAUUUCGGGAUCUCUGUGGUUGGAGAAGUUUCCUCAGAGACGGUGUCUCUACACAACCCUUACUCCUGUACUGCUGACUACGAGCUCUCUUUAGAAUAUGACGGUCCGGAUCACUGUGAUAUAAGUCUGGACAAGACGAGUGGAUCUCUGUCUGCGUAUGGUAAAGAGGAAUUGUACGUGACCUACCAGCCUCUAUCUCAAGCUAACUACAAUGUGAAAGUUAUCUGCACCAUCAACUCACAACGGCACACUCUACUCACCCUGACUGGUGAAGGAGUGUUCCCCAAACUCUCUUUCAUCGACAUCCGCUCAGUUGUUCCAGGAAUACUGUGCAACGCGAGUAAGAAGCGCAUCUGGGAUCUGUUCUCCCUUGAUCUGCUGAACAAGCACCUUGCUGAAGCACCCGACCCUACCGAGCUGAGGCAACUUAUGGAGACACGGAGUAACGACAGAACCAAACCUUUCAGCACCAAGGCCCUUGCUGUGGUAGACUUUGGAUCAAAUACAGUUGGCAGUGACCCAAGCAAAGUGGUGGUUGUCAUGAAGAACAGUGGCAAAGUGUCCUCUUCUUUCAGGUUCCUAUUCCCGCCUGACUUAUGUCUGGACAUGGCAACCUGGGCAGAAGAUAAAGUAGAGGAUGCAACAAGAGCACAGGAGCGCUUUAACAUCGAGCCAAGAGAGGGUACCAUUAAACCUGGUGAUACUCUGUCUCUCAUGUUCACCUACAGACAUGGGAGUGAAGGAAUAGAAGAGCUGCCUAUCCUGCUGAAACUGUCACGUGGUAGAGAGAUAAUGUUACAACUGAGAGGAGUAACAGUGAAAUCUGGACUGGCCUAUCCCCAGAUAGCCCACAAGAGCCACACUCUGCAGCCUGUUAUCAUUGGUUCUAAUUGCCCACCAAUACAGUACUACGAGCUGUACAACGGAGGAGACAGUCAGAUGGGUUACGAGGUGAUGGACGAGUCUCUAGCUCAACUAACACACGAGAACUACGGGUGUGAGAUUAUGAAGUGUCUCCAGCCGACUGGCAGAGUUCAGCCACACUCGAUCGCUCAGAUACCUUUCCUCUUCUCACCACUCGAGGCUAAAACUUAUGCUGUUAAGGUGCCAAUUAUGAUAGUCGGAGGUGACACCUACACCAUCACCAUAUUUGGAGAGGGUAUAACACCCGGACAACAUAGCACCGUCCAGAAAGGAUCUGUUAUCCCUGACAAGCAGGCUGUGCUUCUGGAUAAUCAGCUGGCAGUCCUUUCUAACGAGGCCAUAGACUUCGGUGUAGUGCCUACCUUCUCUGUGUCCAAGAAAAUUGUGUUUAUUACGAAUACUUCCAAAGAGCACAUCACUUUCAGAUGGAACACGAACACGACCCCUCUGUGCGGUGAAGUUAUCUCGGUCUCACCCAACUCUGGUACCUUAGCACCAAGUGCAUCGACCACGAUCGAGGUUUCUCUCCUGCCUUCAUCUUACCCCGCCAUUUUUGAUCUUGAUAUUAUCUGCGAGUUGACCGAUAACUCCAAAGAAUCAGCAUACGUGGAGACAUUAGCACAAUACGCGAAUACUUUAGAAGAGGAUAGAAUCACCUUCACCAUCAAGGAAGCCAAGCCUCAAACUCCAGAUAAGAUAGACAAGAGCAGAGAUAACUGGGCAGCAACUGAAACAUUGAACAAAUACCACGCACUGCCCCCAAUUAGAGCCCUCGCUCCAUCACCCCUUGACAGGCCUGAGACCAGUCCUAGGGAGUAUUGCUGUACCAAGAAUACAAAACACUGUUCUACGAAGAAGAGAGAAUCGCCCAAGAAAGAACAACCGUCUCCUCCGGUACCAGAACAGCCGUUCUAUCUUCAUUUGAGGAUCAUCGGUCAAGUUGCCGACAUUAAGUUGUUUUCGGGUGACUUGGGCGGUUUUGAUGUUCCUACUGCCGGUAUAAUUGAACCAGAUACGGAAACUGAACUGGAGAUUCCUCGCGUGGCCUCAACUACUGAGGUCAGCACAAUCAGCAAUGUUCUCAGUUUCGUGUUGAAGUCCCUCCUUGAUGAUGUAGAUGUUCACACUGCCAUCAGAAACCUAUCCAAAGAGCCGAUACCUUUUUUCGCUCAAAUAACUCGACCUCAGGCAACUGAAUUGGAUGUAAUCGAAGAAGAGCGUUCCGUAGAAGAGACCACUGAGGAGUUGGCAGAAGCAGAGCAGUCCGCAGAAGGAAGGUUAGCUGAACCCUCUCCAGUGCCUGCCUCAUCAUCAUUCGACGUGAAGCUCUCACCCCUUAUCACAGAGAUACUUGGAGAAACAGUGGCUAACAUCAUUCAGGAAACCGUUCAGAAGGAACUCGUUCUCACUGCCAGAUCACGCACUAUCGCAUUACCUCCACGGAGCCCACAUCAUAUCCAGAUGUAAUAUGUGCGUGUUUGAGAUGAAAAAGGAGAGUGUAUUUUCAUUAAACUUUUAGUUUGUAUGUAGCGGAGUUCAACCAUUUGGUAGCGAUCUUAUUUCAAAUAGUACGUGUCAGACCUUUAGUUUAAUAUUUGUUAAGAUAGUCGCCUUGAAGUAGCGGCAAGCUAAGAAGAGGUCUGGAGGAAAUGUGUAGGGGGACAUGUAAAUGGAUUGAGAAACUUUUAAAAGAGUAAGAUUACCGAUCCCUAUCAUGUAUAAAGUGUAUAUUGUAAACUAUUCUUUGAUUAAA